AUGCAGUUUAAAUUGGAAUUUAAGUUGUUCAUGUCUGAAAAACAAAGUGAUUACAGCCUUCAUGUUGAUGCUGAUUCAGAAGCUCACAAGUCUUGUGCCACCUUUGAAAAAACUUGGGGCUGUGAAGGAAGUGACAUUGGAUCUCAGCCCGCGGGGCCCCUCGGACCGGUCGGACCCACCACAGCACCUGGACAACCGUCCGCGGGGCCACCCCAGUGCCUGUUCGUUCGUCUCGUUCCCCGCAGCCAGCACUCGGCCGUCGGCGGCUGUGGAACUCUGCUAAUAUUGGAUCAAGAUGAAUCUGGGCUUAGGAUUUUUAGAAGCUUUGACUGGAACGAUGGCUUGUUUGACGUGACCUGGAGUGAGAACAAUGAACAUGUCCUGGUCACUUGUAGUGGGGAUGGCUCGCUGCAGCUCUGGGACACCGCCAAACCCACAGGGCCACUGCAAGUCUACAAGGAGCACACUCAGGAGGUAUAUAGUGUUGAUUGGAGCCAAACCAGAGGUGAACACCUUGUGGUAUCUGGUUCAUGGGAUCAAACCGUCAAAUUGUGGGAUCCAAAUGUAGGCAAGUCUUUAUGCACCUUUAGAGGCCAUGAAAGUGUCAUUUAUAGCACAAUCUGGUCUCCCCACAUCCCUGGUUGCUUUGCUUCAGCCUCAGGUGAUCAGACCCUGAGGAUCUGGGACGUGAAGGCAGCAGGAGUCAGAAUUGUGGUUCCAGCACAUCAGGCAGAAGUUUUGAGUUGCGACUGGUGUAAAUACAAUGAGAAUUUGCUGGUGACGGGGGCAGUUGAUUGUAGUUUGAGGGGCUGGGACUUGAGGAAUGUUCGACAACCAGUGUUUGAACUGCUUGGUCACACCUAUGCUAUCAGGAGAGUGAAAUUUUCACCAUUUCAUUCUUCUGUGCUGGCUUCUUGUUCCUAUGAUUUUACUGUAAGAUUCUGGAACUUUUCAAAGCCUGACCCUCUUCUUGAAAUAGUGGACCAUCAUACAGAGUUUACCUGUGGUUUAGAUUUAAGUCUUCAGAGCCCUACUCAGGUGGCUGACUGUGCUUGGGAUGAAACGAUAAAGAUAUACGAUCCUAUUUGUCUUACUGUGCCUGCUUGAGACACACUACUCUAAUCAGAAAUGAAGAACAUUGGCUGAAGAACUACUUACCAGGAAAUAAAUUAACUAUUGAUAACAUAGUCAUUAUGCUUUUAUAUGCUAUUCAGAUUUCAAAUGUUAAAAACUUACCCUGAAUCAGUUUAGAGGCAGCUGAUCCAGACUUUGGCUCAUCCUUUAAGCCUGACACAUAAGCCAUAUUUCUUAAAAUUCUAAGGAAUAAUUGAUGUUAUGAUAUAUCUUACAGUAUCUGUUAGAAUGUAAACUCUGUGUUAUAAAAUGGAUGAAAAUUUGAUUCAUAUAGGUUAUAUAGGUAAGGAUAUAUUUUAUUUUUAAUUUGUCAUUUUUGAUGUGAAAUAUAAUCACUGCUGUUGAUAAAAAUCAAUUGCAUCUCUUGAUCACUUAUCAUUUUAUGACAUUCCCAACAAGAUUGCCUUUUCUAACAUAGUGUACAUAUGAAUGCAAUGCUGUAUAUAAGGUAGCUAUAGCUUUGCUUUAGUAGCAGGGCUCUAAUACAGAUUUAAUUUUUUUUAGCAGUUAUUUAUUGUGCAUCUACCAUGUGCUUGACAAAUAGACCGAAUGGUUCUCUCAAGGACUGUUUCCAUGCUUUAAGAAUAUGGAAUGCUGUGAAUUGAGCUUUUCUUUUUUUUUACAGUUCUGCAAAUCUUUUUAGAUAUUGCAUCCAUGAUCCUAUAUUUCUCUUCCUAUUUCUCUACUAUCAAAUGUUUAAAAAAGAAAAAAAAAACAAACUUGUUACUGGGCAAGAAAUCUUAGAUCCUACUAUGGUUUCAAGCAAUUACCCUGGAAACAAACCCUAAAUAAUGCUAUGAACCUUCCUCACUACCUCCCUAAGUGUCCUUGAAAAAUCUCUAAGUGUUGAUGACCUGUAAAAAAAAGUAGGUUAAAAGGGAAAAAGUAAUAAAACAAACAACUUUGCAUAACACUUACAUUUUUAUAUAAAAUUUUAAAAAUGUGUUAUAAAUGGCAAAAAUUGUUAUUAAGUUUUUAACAAGCUUUUAGAAUUUUUAAAGAGCAAAAUACAGUUGUAGUAAUCAAAAUAAGGUAAAAUAUAUGUAUAUUGUCUAAUUUACAUAUCUUUCUUUACUUAUUCCAGAAAAAAGUUAAGACAGCUUACAAAGUAAAGGAAAAAAUGAGGUAAUAUCAAAAAUAGAACAAAAGGAGACAAAGUAGAGCCCGGAGUAGGGCUUGAAAAUAUAUGUCUCAGAGUCCUAGAAAGUUGCAACUGGCAGCAUAAAUGGGAAGCCUGGUCAAGUAUACAGUUCAGUACCCAAGGCCUGAGGGCAAGAACUUUGUCUUAGUCCUGGGCUAGGCCUAGCAUCAUGCCUAGCACAUAGACGAUGCUCAAUAUCUGUUAAAGGAAUGAAAGGACUCAAGGAAAGUACAGCUCUUUUUCGUGCUUAGACAAAUCAAUACUAAUUGUUUUCGAGAAGCCCCAUAAAGAGGACACUGCUUAACAUGAAUAUAUGGUAAGGAACAAGGAGCACAAACAUCCUUAGAGCUGUCACGACGAUGAGAUUCAUAGAGCUGUUUCUUGUUGCUUCCCUCUACAGGAACUAAUGGCAUCACACCAAGUGCAGUUCAAUAAAAGCAGGUUCACUGUGGGUGUUCUCUGUGUCAGCAGAAUUUAUAAUAGACCUGUACAAAUGCCUAACCCAGAUCAUACUUAUAAUUAAUUGAAAUUACUUAUUUUCCUUAUACAAGAGACUUUUAUUAAAAUAAUCUACCGUGUAUCUUUUGAGACAAAUAUUUGUGAUUUAGAAACUAACAUCUUUCUAAAUAUUUAUUUUUCCCCUCUAUAUUGGGGAUGUGAGAGAUGUUUAGAAUACUAACUUCAUAAUACUUAACUCAGGUUCUUGGAGACUCUCCAUAUAAACGAGUGAGUGAACAUUCCCAGUGGGUUCCCUAGAGAUGGGAUUGGAAAAACUAGAUUGGAAACUAGAAGGAAAGGAGCUUGGAUUCUCUCUGAAAAGAGAAUGGGCAAGACUUUUGAAUUCUUGGUAGUCCACAAGCCAAGCAGCCUCUGAAUUUUAAGAGGACAAGAGUCAUUCCCUCAAGGCUGGGAAAAGGCAUUUGUUUUCUGGCUACUGAGCUCUUAGCUUUCACCCUGUGUGCCUCCCUCAGCUGCUCCUGCACCUGCAGAGUGACAGCACAGCACCACAGUGAGUGCAGGGAAGGGGAACAUGGGUCCUGGGCAUUUCUGUGAUCUGGGCACUACGUGAGAUGCUUUCUGUAUGUUACCCCUUUUCAUCUUCAUAACAUCCCUGCAAGGAAGCCCUGCCAGUUUUCCAGACAAGGAAAUGAUGGCUCUCGGGGGUCCUAAUACCCAGGAAGUGUGGAGCUGGAAUUUGAAAUCUGCUAUAACUGGAUCCAAACCUAUGGUUCUGCCACAUGGCCUCUGUUUCCCCAGAAUAGCAGAAAUCAGCCCACGGAGAAGCAGUAAAGAUGGACCUCUGGUGACUCGAUCCUAAUCAUUCUUGAGAGAACCGACAAAGUUGAGUUUCCAAGACUGAAAAGCUAAGAAGCUGACCCUGGGUCUGGUAUGACUCUCCCAAGGUCUGUCCCCUGCUUCAGCAUUUUUAAACUGCAUAACUUAGCUAUGACUUGGCUCUUCCAAAAAUGAACUCAUUCAUUUCUUACUUAACAGGCCUCUUUUUGAAUGAAAUAAUCUACGUAAAUGUUUUUUACUUCCAUAUAGUACUGCGUACUUCCAAAUCUGUAUCUCCUGCCUUCCCCACCUGGGCCUCCCACAAUCUUUGCACUCAUGUUCUUCCAACCAAACUCAUCUUGCUCUCUGAACCAGCUUUUCCUGCACAUUUCUUGCUUUUGCUUUUGCCAACACUGUCCGCCUAGGUGCUCAAGCUAAAGACCUAAAUACCAUCUUUGUUCCUUCCCUUUUUCCCACUUCUCCACUUCAAGACACAUCAAAUAGGUCACUAAGUCCUGUCCCUUUAGCCCCCUAAAUACUUCUCCAUUCUGUCUCUUCCCCACCAUUCAACCACCACUGCCCCAGUCCAGGCCAUCGUUAGCUCUUCUCUAGGCGAUUGAAGCAGUUUCCUAAGUGAUGAUCUGUUUCUCGGUCUGUCCCCUCAGAGCCAUCCUCUUCAACAGAGCUGCCAGAAACUGAUCUAAAAGGCAAUCUGAUUGCCCAAAUUUCAGUGUCAAACUGUUCUCUGCUUACCGGAUUGCCUACAAGAAAAAGUUCAAGCUCACUAAGCAGACAGUUAAGGUCCUUCAGGGCCAGCCCCUGCCCCUCUGCAGCAUUGCUUCUCUCCACAGUGUCACACACUUUGUGCUUCAGCUACUCCAGCGUGCUCACAAACUCCUCAUGUAAAUAUGCAGGUUUGCAUUUCUCUCUUUGCUCAAGGCAGUCCAUGUGCUUGCACUGUCUUGUUCUUGGCUUGGCAAAUUCUUAGCCAUUAUUUGAAAGUCAUGUGAAAUGACUAAAGAAAAAGAUUGACAACAUACAAAAUAUUCCAAAAAAUUAAAAUAUUCAAUACAUCAUUAGCAAAGCUUAAAGACAGAAGACAUAUUGGAAGGAUAUAGUUGCGGUAUAUCUAAUGGUUAUGUAGAAUUGAUAAAGCGCUCUUCACAGUCACUAAGAAGUUUGUCCACUUUUGUCAACAAAUGAUUCACAGAUGUAGAAAUGAUAAUGUCUAAUACACUUCAAAACGAUAUUCAGACUUUUUCUUACUGCUGACAAAGAAAUGCAAAUUAAAAUCCCAUUUUAUCAGUUUGGCAAAUGUAAAAUAUUGAUAAUAUUCAAUAGUGGUUAAAGUAAAAGUACUGUCAUAUACUUGUUUGCAAGGCAAUGUGAUAUAUAAAUUACCAGUUGACCCAACAGUUCCAUUUUUAGGAUUCCCUGCCUCUGCUGCCCUCCCUUCCUCCUUAUUCCCCACUCUACCCCUACAAAUAAUUGCAGAAGUACUUAAGUACAAAUUUCCAAAGAUAUUCACUACAUCUUUGGUAAAAGCUAGAUACCUGUCUACAGAAGAAAGGUUAUACCUUAGAGCAGUCAUUUACAAGUAUAAGGUAGAACUACGUGGCCUGACGUGGAAAAAUACAUUUCUAUUGAUAUGUAUAUAGUUACCUAUUUCUGUGUAACAAAUCAUUCCAAAAUUUAGCCCUUUAAACAUUUCUUUAUCUUACAGUUUCUAUUGGUCGGGAAUCCAGUAGUGGCUUAGCCGAGUUGUUCUGGCUAAGGUUUUCUCAUGACAUUGCAGAUAAGCUGUCACCUGGGUCUACAGACAUCUGAAGUUCAACUGGGGCUAAAGGAGCAGCUUCCAGAGUCACUCACAUGGUCAUCAGCAGGCCCCCCCAUAGGCUGAGUGUUCCUGCAACAUGGCAUCUGGCUUCUCCCAGAAUGAGUGAUACAAGA